UAUUUUUGUUUAUUAUUUUAAUGAUUUUUUUAGUUUGUCUCCGAGGCGUGCUGGGUGCAACCCUGAGGGGUUUUGGGGGUGAUUUCAGCCCUUGUGCCACAGCUGGUUUUAUCAUCCACACGACAAAACUACAAAGAGACCAGGGCAAAGUGGAAGAGAAAAAAAAAGGGGAAAAAAACCCCUGUUUUUCAGCGAAGUGUUGUGUUAAUGUUUCACUGGAAGCUUCGCCCACGCAAAGCGGGAUGGCAGAAAGCGAGAUGGUUUAGGCAUUCCCUAUUUUUGGCGUUUUCCAAAUUCGGGCCGCUGUACUCGGUGCGGGCGCGCAGGAACGCGGCCGUGGCCGGGCCCGGCUAUUACGCCAUCAUCAAGUUUUAUUCUGCCGGAGAUGCCAGCAGAGCCCAACGUGCCUGCAACGGGCAAAGGUUGUUCCAGAAAUCUCCCCUGAAGGUUUGUGUUUGCACCAAGCAGAAGGGGUUUCAGCAACAAGUCCUUGCUCUCAACAGCAACAAGUGCCAGGAGUUGGCCAACCACUACCUUGGCUUUAACGGUUGGUCCAGCCGCAUCAUCACGCUGCAGAAUGUAUCUGGCUUUGAUGGUGAGAAUGAGGAGCUGGGAGAGACAUUGCAGAAGAGAUCGGUGAAAUACCUGUGUGCCGUGGAGGUGACGCUGCCCAACCAUGGCAUACGCACCAGGGGAGUUGCUCUCGGCGAGGCCCAUGUAGAAAACGGUGAAGAUCCUCUGGAGUUUCUCACAGCCACAAGAAGAGUUCAGAAAAUUGCAGCUGGGAGGGCUUUGUCUAACGCCUUUCAGAAGAUACUCCUUGUAGUCUUAGAGAAUGGGAAAGUGGCCGUGGAGUAUAAUUCCACGCAAGAGGAGCUCACAGACUCCUUAACAGAAGAGGAACUGAAGGGGCUUGUCCAGGUCAAUGAAUUGUCCUUGGAACAGUUUGACUUUGAAGAAGAGGAGGUUUUGUCUGAUCUCAGUUUUGAUGACGAGCUCUCUAGCCUGGAGAUGCCACCUAAUUAGUUCAGCUCCGUCUUCACGUCGUUUCCAAAAGUUCCGCGGUGCUUGAUUAGCAAUGAAAACCCAACGCUGUGAAAUGACAUGUGCGUCAUAUCCAAUGUUUUCUUUUUCUCCAAAUACGUAGCAACAAAAGAAAUGGGCAGUAAACCCGGUGUUACUAAAAUUAAGCCCAAAAAUGUAUGCUGGUUUUGGAGAGGAGGUGUUUUCCUGUCAACUUAUCCAGGUCAGCUAUAUAUGGAAGCCAGCUUGGCUGCACCAUUAUUAUUUAGACAGCAUAACAGAUGCAUAUAAAACUUGUAGAAGAAUCAAAGGAAGGAGCCAUCCCUGCAAGAACCUACAGUUCAGGUUCGCUGUGAUGCGGAGGAGAAAGCUGGAGACGGCGGAUGAGUUCUUUUACCAGCAGGAGUAGCUGUGGCGCUGACACAGAAAAAGAUCAUUUCUCAAAGUGAGAUUUAUUUUAAAGAAAUAAGCUUAAGUCUUGUAAGAAUGUGUUGCGCCACAUGAGCUGCAUGGGUUCAACAUCAGCAACAAGUCAUUGGGAUGUCACGAUGUAAAGCAAACAUUCUUUUUAACAAGUUUUUUUUAUUAAAUUAAGUAAAAUUUUGUAA